UCGAUGCGCCGGGUGUCUCCUCCUACCUCCCACCUGCACUGCACGCCCCCGGCAUCUCGCGCAAAGCUCAAGCUAGCUAGCAAGCGACCUCUCGGACGUCGUCGUUGGCAAUGGCGUCCCGUCCCGCGAAGAAGGUGCUUGUGCCGAUCGUCGCCGGCACGGAGCCGGUGGAGGCGACGGUGCCCAUCGACGUCCUCCGCCGCGCCGGCGCGCACGUUACCGUGGCUUCCGCCGACGGCUUUGGUGGGCUGGUCGUCGAGGCCAUGUACGGGGUCAGGAUCGUCGCGGACGCGCUCGUCGCCCCCGCCGCCGCCGACGACGUCGACGACUCCGCCGCGGCUCGCUUUGACCUCAUCGUCCUCCCUCUAAUAUUGCCGUCCGCGCCGCCGAUCAUGGCGACACCGACAUCGAUCGAUAUGUAUAUGCAGGGAGGGGUUCCCGGCGCGGCGAACCUCGGCGGCUGCGCGGCGCUGGAAGCCGUGGUGAGGAGGCACGCGGCGACCGGAGGGCUCUACUCCGCCAUCUGCGCCGCGCCGCCGCUGGCGCUGGCGUCCUGGGGCUUGCUCGACGGCCGCAAGGCAACUGCUCACCCGCUGUUCGUGGACAAAUUCCCCCCGGAGGUGGCCGCCGUGGACGCGAGCGUGGUGGUGGACGGGAGCGCCGUCACCAGCCGCGGUCCGGCGACGUCGUCGGAGUUCGCCCUGGCUCUGGUGGAGCAGCUCUACGGGAAGGGCAAGGCCGAGCAGAUCGCAGAAGAAAUGCUUGUCAAAUAUGAGGCUGGAUAUACCAUCGAUGAAGUCAACUCGGUUCAAUGGAAAUGUAACGGCACACCCAAGGUCCUUGUUCCGGUAGCCAACGGCACCGAGGAAAUGGAGCUGAUAACGAUCGUCGACGUCCUGCGCAGAGCCGAGGCGGCGGACGUCGUCGUCGCGUCGGCCGAGGACGCCGCCGAGGUCGUCGCGCGCCACGGGAUGAGGAUCGUGGCCGACACGACGCUGGACGAGGCGGCGGCGGCCGCCGGUCAGACGAGCUUCGACCUGAUCAUCCUGCCGGGUGGCACGCCUGGCGCAAAGACGAUGAGCAGCAACGAGAAACUCGUCGCUCUGCUGAAGAAGCAGGCGGCGGCGAGCAAGCCCUACGGCGCCAUUGGCGCCGCGACGGCUCACGUGCUCGAGCCCCACGGCCUGCUCGAGGGAAAGAAAGCGGCGGUGCACCCGUCCAUGGCGGCGGCCGGGUUGCCCAAGGACGGCGCCGGCGAGGGCGAGGGCGAGGGCAGCAGAGUGGUGGUCGACGGGAACGUGAUCACGGGCAGUAGCGCCGGCACGGCCAUGGAGUUCGCCGUGGCCGCCGUCGAGAAGCUGCUCGGCCGCGACGUGGCGCAGCGGGUGGCGGAAGGCUUGCUUUUCUAGGUGAUCAAGCGAUCGACGUGUGGCGAUGCUGAUGCAGACGUGUCAUCUGUUACGCACGCAAAGAGAGUUUUUUUUUUCUUUCUGACAUUUGAGCUCUGCGUCAUAUCCUAUUUUAUCAAUUGAACAAUUAACAUAAAGUUUGGGCUUUGAAAUAAAAUAUAAUCCGUGAGUUCAU